AUGACCCCCCCUCUCACCCUACAUCGCGUGACCACCUUACAAGACCUAGAACCACUAUACCACAUCGGAGCAGAUGCCUUCCGCAAUGAUCCAGGCUUGAACUGGUUCUACCCUGGCGGUCGCGAUCAUCCCGAAGAUUUUGUCGUGGCAUGGAAAUACCUUCUACUGCAGGAGUUCUUCGACAAGGGGAAGUUCAUUCUUGCUGCCUCGAUCCCUGAUCCAGAUCAAGAUGAUAAUACUAGUAUUUGCGUUGAGAGACGGCCGGGGAAAGUGGUAGGGUUUGCUGUUUGGGAACGGAGGGGGGAUUCUGAGGCUGCGAAGAGUUGGCAGGGGGGUGGGGUUUUAAAAGGUCUCAAAAGAUUCCUGCUCAAUCUGCAGAUCAUACACACAUUCUGUUUCGACACACCACGCCGAUCCUUAUCCUGGUCCAGACUGAGGCAUUUCGGACAUGAGCUCGAGGCAGCCAAGGCUAGUCAACCGAGCGAGUCGUGGUACCUGAGCAACUUGGCCGUUAGCUCAACGGCUCAGGGAAAAGGGGUGGGAAAGAGACUCCUGCAAUGGGGAAUUGAUCGAUCCGAGGAAGAGGGUAUCCCGGCUACAUUGGUGUCCACUGACGCUGGGCUUGCUCUGUAUACGAGUAGGGGGUUUAGGAAUUCGGGCUGGCUGUUCUUUGAUGAUGGGCGACAGAAACAGACUGUUAUGAGGAGGAAUGUUAAGUAUGUGAGGUUGGAUUAG